AUGCGGGGCGGCACGGCAGGGAGCCGGGCUCCUCUGGGCCUGCUCCUGCUCUGUCUGCAUCUCCCAGGCCUGUUUGCACGGAGUAUUGGCGCAGCGGAGGAGAAGGUCUCCCCUCACUUGGGGACCAACUUGCCUCCAGUGGGACGACCUUCCUUCUCUAGCCUCUCUGACUCUGGACAGCCUCAGUCCAAGCCAGAUCCCGUGUCUAAUAGCUUGGGGGGAUUCCCUCCAAAGCUCAAUGUGUCUCCACCCGAUAGCCCCCAACCUGCAGGAGGCUUUGAGGUGCAGAGUUGGCCUCCAUCCUGGGGACCACCUCCCGCGGAGCCCUGGCCCUUUGGAGAUCCUUGGCAGGUGAUGGCUGCUGCUGAGGACUACUUGGGACAAGUGCCACCUGAAGACCUGUCCUACCUUUUUGGAGCUGGUGCCGUCCCUCCGCGUGGCAGUCCCUCGUUUGCAGCGUCCCCUGCACACCCCAAGGAACCUUCGCCCGAGGCUUCCAGCCCCCAGGGUUCGGAGCCAAGGCGGCUGCCCAGUUCCAGUCAGCUAGGAGCCCAGGGAGAAGUCUUUGCCCCCAACCCAAUCUGGUCCCUCAUCCACAGGCUUCUACCCGGUCUCCCCUGGGGAUUUGGAAAUGGAUGGGGAACAAGGCCCAUGCCCCUCCCUUCUGGAACUUGGGGUAGCAGUAGUCAAGUUCCAGGUACCAGCUGGGGAGGUAGUGGUCGGUAUCCUGGUGCCAGCUGGGGGGGUAGUGGUCGGUAUCCUGGUGCCAGCUGGGGGGGUAGUGGUCGGUAUCCAGGUACUAGCUGGGGGGGUAGUGGUCGGUAUCCUGGUACUAACUGGGGGGGUAGUGGUCGGUAUCCUGGAGGUGUCCGCCCUCCUGGUUCUUCUUGGAGCAUCCCAGCUAGCUUUGCUAACCCUCAGAACCCUGGGCUGCAGUGGGGUUAG